AUGUUUGCUUCUUUUCCGAAAUUUUCAUUCUGCCGAACGUUUCAACAACAACAACCUCAACAAGCAUGUGCUAAUAAUAUUAAAAAUGAAGUAUACGAAUGUAGUACGGAUAGCAAGAAUAAUAACUCACAGAAUUACGUAUUACCGCCCACUAGCAUCAAUUCACAUCAUACAAUAUCAGAUGAAACAAAAAUUGUUGAACAAGCCAAGAAGUCCGAAAAUAAAAAAGCAUUAUUAUCGAUUAAAAACGUACCAGGGAAAACCAUUCAUUCAGUGACAGUUAAUGGUAACAUGAGUAAAUUAGCAAUUCUAACAGACAAUGAACAAAAAUUGUAUCCAAAAAAUCUGUCAUUAUUUGAUGAAACACAAGCGACCAAUAGAUCAUCGUUAAAUGAUCGGCCAACACCAGUGAAAAUAAAUGAUGAAAGAAAUUUGAGUUCAAGAUCAUUAUCAUCAAUUCAGAACAAAUGGGACGAAAUUCAUUCAAAUAAUCGUGUAUCAUCAUCAUCAGCUGUCAACUGUUUACAAGAGAAGGCACAAUCAUCGUCACGAUUAAUACCAAUUACACAUUCAACGUCCUAUUCUAACAGCAACUUUUCCCCAAACAUAUCAGAUAUAUCAUCGCCUUCAAUAUUGGCUAAUCAACUACCAAAGCAAACACAGGUUGAUAAUCGAAUCAUAGUUUCCACAAACAAUAAACCUUGCUCAGAAACGGCUACUAAAAAUACAGCAAUAAAUAACGACAUUAAAACUUUGAAUUAUGCCAUAGACUGUCACCUUGAAGAUUCAACAUAUGAUUUUGCCGAAGAGUUUAAAUCGAUUAUUGUUCACAAUGGCACAAAGUCAUACUUUCGCACUGAAAUUAGACAAUCUGACAAUGCAACAGCGCAAGAUCCACAAGAACCGGUAGAAAUGAAUUGCGAAGAAAAUGAUGUAUAUAGAAUAGAUGAAGUAGAACUUUGGAAUAAAACAAUAUGGUAUAUUAGUGAGUUAAGAAUAAAUCGUCAGCCGUUCUGUCGUAGUCAUUGGGUAAAUAGUCAGGAUAAAAAUCAGUAUCAUUCUAUUCAUCAAAAGUUAAGCAGUUCGGUAUGUGAUCUCAAAUACUCGACCGAGUCAAAUUUAUUAAAUAAACAAUAUGCAACGGAUAAUGACGGCACUAUUCGUCAACCGGUCCAUUCAUCAUUAUCAUUACAAAAUUUUGACUUAUUGAGCAGUGAAUCAGCAAUUAUUAGACAAAAAUCGGAAGAUAACAUUUAUUGUUUAAGGACUGAUUUACAAAAGCAUACUACUAAUAAUGUUUUAGCUGCAUUAAGUAUUCAAGAAGACGACAUGGAACGAAACAAUAAUCUGAUUACUAAUGAAGUUAUCAAAAAAAAACUUCUUGAUAUUUUGAACGAUGAUGAAUUAGAAAAUGCAUGUAUUGAAGACUUGGAUUAUGAAUUUGGAAAAACAGCAUUGCCAACAAAAUAUCGUAGUUCAUCGGAUGAAGAACUAUCAAGCGAUGAGGCACUUUACGAUUCAGCCAAUACAGACAAUAAUUUAAAAUACAACACGAUUUCAACAUCCUACGAUGGUGGACUAUCAUCUUCCAACUCUGUUCUAACAAAAUCACGAUUACAUCGAACAACAUCCGAUAAACAACAUACAGAAGUCACUGUGUCUAAGAAAUAUCUGAAUAAAAAGAUAACAAAUAUGCUAUCGUGGUAUUCAUCACCAUUGCCACAUUGGCGUACAGACGAUUUGGGAUCGUACAAUCUAGAUGUGAAUAAUAAUAAUGCCCUAACAUCGACUCCGAUAAUCAAACAUUCUACAAGAAAAAAGUCAGAUUCAACAACAAUGAUAAUAUCAUCAACGGAUGAUUCAGAUGAACACAUAAAUCAAGUUAAUGUCAAUGAUCUGCUCAAUUGGAAAACGUCUUCAAAGUUAAUACAAACAGUUGAUUAUGGAAUGGUAGGAAAUAAACGAAAACAUCGGUAUCGGCAUUAUCGACGAAAAGAACAAUAUAGAGCGAUUCCUAAUCAGAAUAUUCCACCCCUUCACACGUCCAGUUCAACUUUACAAAGCAAGAAUGAUACAACAAUAUGCAUAUAA